AUGACUAUUGCUGGGAAAGAAAAAUCAAUUAAACCCAUAUCAGAUGGAACAGUUCUUUAUUAUUUGAAAGUUGAUGAAAUGUUCGACGUCCUAUAUACUACUCAUAUUGCAAUUGGACAUGGGGGAAGAGAUAGAAUGCUUCUGUUCAUAUUGUCAAAAAAACAACCUAAUCCGAAAAAGGGUUUGGUUUCGAAGCCUAUUGUGCACACAGCUUUUAACUCUCGGGCACAAAUUGAUCUAAUCAACAUGCAAUCACAAUGUUAUAAUGAUUACCGUUUUAUUUUAAAUUACCAAGACCAUCUUACAAAAUUUGUAUUAUUACGGCCUCUAAAGACAAAACGUGCUGAAGAAAUUGCUAUAAAUUUAUUAGAUAUUUAUACUACUUUUGGGGCACCGUCAAUUUUGCAUUCUGAUAACGGACGAGAGUUUGUCAAUUCAAUUAUCACUAAUCUUAAUGAAAUGUGGAGUGAUGUAAAAAUUGUACAUGGCAAACCACGACAUAUCCAGAGCCAAGGGUCGGUAGAACGUGCUAAUAGAGAUAUUGAAGCAAUCUUAGCUGCAUGA